AUGUCAGAAAUAUUCAUCAAUCACAUCACUCGAUGGCUCUUUAGUUCGCCGCCCGCCGAGUGGGCAAUAAACCAACUGCGCGAACUCCUCAUCGGGGCCUUGAAGCAAGGACCGGUUCCUCAACAUGUCGCAUUCGAGAUGGAUGGCAACAGGCGGUAUGCCCGCGGCAGGAAGAUGGAGACGAUAGAAGGCCACCACCACGGGUUUGAAGCCCUAGCAAGAGUUCUCGAGAUUUGUUACAAGUGCGGCGUCAAAGUCGUGACCGUCUACGCCUUCAGCAUAGAAAACUUCAACCGCCCGCAAUACGAGGUCGAUGGGCUUAUGCAGCUGGCCAAGGUGAAGCUCGAGCAGUUGACGAAACACGGCGAUAUCCUGGACCGAUACGGCGCGGCGGUGCGUGUGCUUGGACAGAGAGAUCUGAUUCGCAAGGAUGUACUGGAGGUGGUCGACCGGGCCGUUGACAUGACCAAAUACAACAAGCAGAUCAGAAACGUGCUGAACAUCUGCUUUCCGUAUACUUCGCGGGAAGAGAUGACAACGGCCAUGCGAUCCACGGUACAGGAGUAUAUGAUGCCGCCUGGACCCAAGUUCACGCCCUUCCCGGCUGCUCGUAUCUCUCAAAAGAUCAUGUCGAAGCAACUGGAGCACCGGGAGCCCCUUCCGACCAUCCGGGACACAUCGCCGGCUCCCUCUUCACGAUCAGAUGGUGAUGAUGGUGCGUCGUCGUCAACUACUCUUCCUCCCGACUCGCCUUCACCGCCGAGGCACAGCGGUGCAGCAAGCGGGCACCGCCUGAAAAAUCCAGAGACCAUUACGGCUGAGACGCUCAACAACCACAUGUACACUGCUGGAAACCCUCCGCUGGAUAUCUUUGUGAGAACCAGUGGCGUAGAGAGACUCAGCGAUUUCAUGCUUUGGCAGUGUCACCAAGAUACGCACAUCUUCUUCUUGAAGUGUCUUUGGCCCGACUUCGAUUUGCAGCACUUCCUGCCUGUGCUUCUGGAGUGGCAGUGGAGGCAGAAGCAGAUCGAGAGAGACGAGCGGCCGAAACAGGCGAUGGCCAAGGCACGAAAGCUUGCCUAA